CACCCAUUCCUUAAUCAUUCAUCAAAAUCUGAAAGCAUUUUUUCUUUCCUCUCUGGAACCAAAACAAGAAAACCCCACAAAAGUAAAACCAUCACCACCACCACCAACAACAACCAGUCCCUCCCAAGAAACCAGAAGAUUCCCCUUUAAAAAAAAAAAUAAAAUCCAGAGGCCUUUUAAAAGUCCCCAUACCAUUACCACCUCCAUCAUCCACCUUCAAUAUCACCAUCUCCACACACACACCCCCCCAUUUUCAUCUUUCUCCUCAACCCAUUAUCCCUUUGCCUUCUUCCCACCCACCAAACCAAUCAAAUACACAAGAGAAUCAAAAUAAAGAAAAAAAGAUUCAUUUUUUUCUGGCUUUACCCUAACCUUUAAUUUUUUUUUUUUGUUUUGGUUUUUUUUAAGUAACGCCACCUCCACCAGAUUGGCCCCAACGAAGAGCAACCCAGAAAGGGUAUUGCUCAAAUCUGCAAGAUUUUUGCGGAAUAAAUGUCCCAAAUGAAGCACAUUGACAAUAUCCCAUCAACCCCAGGAAAGUUCAAGAUGGAGAAAUCCCCUUAUAACAGAUUAAGGCUCCAUUCUUCUCUGGCCAAGCUGACUUUUUGGUCAUUUGUUUUCUUGGGCCUGAUCUUUGUCUUCUUCUUCAGAUCACCUUCUUCAUCAUCCCCAGAAUCUCUCACCGCAGAUCCCUCGAGGAGGUCCCUCAGAACCAGCUCCUAUGGUGGCCCUGAUUGGGAGAAAAGGAUCAAAGCCUCGGCUAAAGUCAGGUCAAGAAAUGGUAUGUCUGUUUUGGUUACCGGGGCUGCUGGUUUUGUUGGAACCCAUGUUUCUGCUGCCUUAAAACGCCGCGGGGACGGCGUUUUGGGGCUUGAUAAUUUCAAUGAUUACUAUGAUCAGUCAUUGAAAAGAGCCCGGCAAGCGCUUUUGGAGCGCUCUGGGGUGUACAUUGUGGAGGGUGAUAUCAAUGACGUCGCCCUCCUGAAGAAGCUUUUUGAUAUUGUACAAUUUACCCAUGUUAUGCAUUUGGCUGCUCAGGCUGGCGUCAGAUAUGCCAUGGAAAAUCCUAGCUCAUAUGUGCAUAGUAAUAUUGCUGGGCUUGUUAGCGUUCUCGAGGUUUGCAAAAGCGUGAAUCCUCAGCCUGCAAUUGUUUGGGCAUCGUCUAGUUCUGUUUAUGGAUUGAAUACUAAGGUCCCAUUUUCAGAAAAGGAUAGGACCGAUAACCCCGCAAGUUUGUAUGCUGCAACUAAAAAGGCUGGCGAGGAGAUUGCACACACCUAUAAUCACAUUUACGGGCUCUCAUUAACAGGGUUGAGGUUCUUCACAGUUUAUGGACCCUGGGGGAGGCCAGAUAUGGCAUAUUUCUUUUUUACGAAGGAUAUUUUGAAGGGGAAGGCAAUUCAGAUUUUUGAGGCAGCUAAUCAUGGCACAGUUGCUAGAGAUUUUACCUAUAUUGAUGAUAUUGUGAAGGGUUGUUUGGCAGCAUUGGAUACUGCAGAGAAGAGUACUGGCAGUGGUGGGAAGAAGAAAGGGCCAGCUCAGUUGAGGGUGUACAAUUUGGGGAAUACUUCACCUGUGCCUGUUUCGGAUCUUGUUAGCAUUUUGGAGAGGUUGUUGAAGGUGAAGGCUAAGAGAACUGUAAUGAAGUUGCCAAGGAAUGGGGAUGUGCAGUUUACGCAUGCGAACAUAAGCUUGGCUCAGAGGGAGCUUGGGUAUAAGCCUACAACAGAUCUACAAACAGGUUUGAAGAAGUUUGUUAGAUGGUAUCUCAGCUACUAUGGUAAUGGCAAAAAGAGUUCCCAGUGAUAUAUUCUUUCAUUUGUGUGGUUAGGAUCAGUUGAUUCUUCUUCAUUUUGAUUCUUAUGAUUGUUUUUUAACAUAUCUGUGUUCAUUGCCCCAUAAUCUUGUUCGCAUAUAUCUCAUGGUGCCUUCUAAGGAGGCAAUUUCAAUCCCACGAUGAAGGUGUUUUUAAGGUUGGUGGUCAAUGGACAAUUAUUAGCUGGGCAUCCUGAUCAGUGUCAAAAGAAACUUGAAAACAACCUUUUGCCAGUCCUGGGGAUGUAAUUUGUUGUAGCUUCAUUAUUGUAGAAUUCGUAACAUAUAGCAAUUUGCCGAUUGGUGGACAUGUAUCAUCUUUAUGGAACUCAAAUAAAAUAGCACACAAUAAUUUGGCUAUUAUUCUUUUUUAA